CAUUUCGGGGCUGCCCCGCCCUCACCUGCGCCAGGUGAGCGCCAUGUUCCGGGGCUGAGCCCGGCCGGGAUGCGGCUCCCAGGGGCGGCCCGCGGCCGCCUCCUCCUCCUCCUCCUCCCUCGGGGGGCUCUGCUGCUGCUCGGUGUCUGCAAUGCUCUCUCCCUGGAAAUUAAAGCCAGUCCUAAAGUCCAAGCUUUCGUGGGAGAGCAAGUGCUGCUGAAAUGCUCCUUCAAAUCCAGCUCCCCCAUCACGGAGAGCCUGCUGGUGGACUGGACCUACCGCCCCCUCACUGGGGGCCACAUGGAGCCAAUUUUUCAUUAUCAGUCCAUCCCACACCCCACAACGGCGGGGAAGUUCAAAGACAGGAUCUCCUGGGUUGGGAAUGUUGCUAAUGGUGAUGCUUCCAUCGCCAUCCAAAGCGCAGAGCUCAGUGACAACGGCACUUUCAUCUGCAGCGUGAAGAACCCUCCAGACGUUUAUCACAACAUUCCCCAGACGCUGCUGCUGGUUACAGAGAGGGGCCUGGCCUUCCAGCUGACCUCAGCAGCUCUGCUGUCCAUCCUGGUGUUCCUCCCUUCUGCCCUCGUGGUCAUUCUGCUGCUGGUGAGGAUGGGGAGGAAAUUCCGGGUGCUGAAGGAGAAAGGAAAAUGUGGCUACAAGAAAUCCUCCAUCGAAGUGUCUGAUGAGCCUGAGCACACAGACACGGGCUGCUGCGGGGGAAAAAUCAAGGAGUGGUGCCUGAACUGUGUGGACACGGAUGAGGAAGAUCCUUACUGAUGGAAGACUGCAGCUGUGGAAAAAGACUAAAAUUACAGCACUGAAAGUCAUGGUUAGAUCCUUCCAGAGGCUGCUGGAUAACCAGUGUGGAUUGAUGGGCGUGCUCUGCUCUCGGUGGAUUGGAAGAAUAAAGCUGAUGGAAUAAUUCACUCCUAUUUAAGCACAAAAUAAUGAUUUUCUAAAAAUCUUUCUAAUUUAUUGGGGAAAGGAAAAUCUCUUGCCCUCAGAUGUGCAGGGCCUACAGAAGCCCCAGUGCCUACAGUGCCAAUGUGCCUUGGUUUUCCUACAAAUUGGUUUGGUUUACUGGUUUGAUUUUUUUUGGUGACAUCCCUCUUUUCCUGAGCCCUGCAAAUCCAACUUUUUGAAGUGAAGGCUUCUCCAGCUCUCUGGGCACUGACAAGGUUCAUCCUCAGGUUUUUUGGAACUUACUGACUCACAGCAGUUUGAUGAAGUGAUUUCUGGCAUCCUCUGUCUUGGAGUGAAGAGAACCUACUGCUUUUGAAGUGUUUUUUUAUUCAGCUGCAUCACUGGGUGCCUCUCCUUCUUGGAGAAGUGAAGCACAAUUCAUAGAAAACGAUUUAUUUUUCCUUUUUUUAAAUCAGAAAUGCAAAUGGGGACUCUGUUUCUGGGGACACACAACCCCAUCUACCUCAGCCACGGACUCAAGCACUGCCCAAAGGAAUGUUCUGUUUGCAGUAGUUGUUUUCUUCCUCCCUUCCUCUAGGACCCAUUUUAGGGAAAUGGUUAAUUGUGCAGCAUUACUUCCCCUCGAUGGAGGGCAUUUCCUCUUUCACCAGCCUUAUCCAACAGUGAAUGGCAGAGAGCAGUGGAAUUCAUUCACUCAAUCCCUAAAAAGCUGUUUUCUUUCUGUAUCAGUCAAAUAUCCUCUUUUAAUAGAUGUGCUCCAGGUUUACUGUUGAUUUUACUGUGCAAUUACUAAUAAAUUGCAUUAUUCCA